AUGAGCACUGGCAGCAUCCCAGACGGUGUAGCGACCUCAGCAUCUACGGUGAUCGAGGCGAUCACCUCUACCAUCGCUAAUACUUCUCUCAAAGCUGAACAUGCAGCAGCCACUCCUGCGGCCCCAGAGGUGAAACCUGCGCCUGAGGUGCACGCGCACGAGCAAGUCGUGACGCCGUGGGACGUGCAAGGAUCCGUCUCGACAGAUGGCAAGCAGCUCGCGAUUGACUACGACAAGCUUGUCGCGCAGUUCGGCACGCGCAUGGUCGACAAGGCCAUGCUCGAGCGCUUCGAGCGCCUCACGGGUCACCGCCCACAUAUCCUUCUCCGCCGCGGGAUGUUCUUCUCGCAUCGGGAUUUUGAUAAAAUUUUGGACCGGUAUGAGCAGGGGAAGCCGUUCUUUUUGUACACUGGGCGGGGUCCGAGUAGCGACAGUAUGCAUCUGGGACAUAUGGUGCCCUUCCUGUUUACAAAAUGGCUACAGGACGUCUUUGACGUUCCACUAGUUGUCCAGCUGACGGACGACGAGAAAUUCCUCUUCAAACACGAGCUCACCCCAGAGAAGACACACGAAUUCGCACUGCAAAACGCGCUAGACAUCAUCGCCGCGGGGUUCAAGCUCGAAAAGACGUUCAUAUUCAGCGACUUCGAAUACCUCGGCGGCGCCUUCUACCGCAACGUCUCUAAGAUUUCGCGGCAGAUCACGAUAAACCAGGCGAAGUCCACCUUUGGCUUCAAUGACUCCGACAACAUUGGGAAGAUACACUUUGCGUCUAUCCAGGCCGCGCCCUCCUUCUCGAACUCCUUUCCACAGAUCUUCGGAACCACCUCCAACAUACCCUGUCUGAUCCCCUGCGCGAUCGACCAGGACCCGUACUUCCGGCUCACGCGCGAUGUCGCCGUGAAGCUCAAGUACCCGAAGCCGACGCUCCUCUUCUCUAAGUUCUUCCCUGCGCUGCAGGGCCCGCAGACGAAGAUGAGCGCGUCGGACCCCAACUCGAGUAUAUACAUGACGGACACACCGAACCAGAUCAAGAACAAGAUCAACAGGCACGGAUUCUCCGGCGGGCAGGAGACCGAGGAGGAGCACCGCAGGCUGGGCGGGAACCCGGAUGUCGAUGUUUCGUAUCAGUAUCUUGGGUUCUUCAUGGAGGACGACGAGGAGUGGGCGAAGAUGGGAGAGGAAUACCGUGCAGGUCGCUUGCUGACAGGCCAGCUGAAAGCACAGUGCAUCCGGCGUUUGCAGGAGUUCGUAAGGGGCUUCCAAGAGCGCCGAGCCCAAGUCGCGGAGGAGACCUUGCGGGCGUUUAUGGAUCCCAACCGGAAAAUUGUGCCAACAUUCGGCAAGAGCAAAGCGGCAAUCGCGACCAACGCUUAG